AUCAUUUUUCCGGAUCCGUGUUAUUAUGGAGGAGACGCGCUGAAUAUAUGAAAAAUGAAAUAGCCUAACAUUGAGAAAUGGCUUCGAACAUGACUGCCGACAAUAAAACAAAGUUGAUUUUACAUGUGGAUCAUUUGUACAAAAUUAAAUUCUUUCAUCAUCAUGACUCUGGCUGUUGUGAAUCAAAUUUAGAACAACUUCUGAUUGAUAAAGAUGCUGCAGAAGACAUUGACAAAAUUAUUAGAGGAUUAAUAUAUCUGUCUCAGCGAAAUCAGAUCCUCAAGACUGUUUGCAGUGAUCGUUUUGUGGUAAAAUUUAACAGAAAGCCAUGGAAAAUAUCUCGGAAAAUCACAUUCAAGAAGAAUGGGAAAAUCAUGAAGGUGUGUCCGUUUUUCUUUGAAGUAAUUUUGACAUGUAAGAAAAGCUACUGUACAAAACAGCAAGAUAAAAAUAAUAGUGCAUUGGAAGGGAACAUCAUGACAGAAAAAUCCAACACAACAGAAAGGUGCGAAACAAGGUCUUCCUCACAGCGUGAAACAAGGUCUUCCUCACAGCGUGAAACAAGAUCUUCCUCGCGGCUUGAAACAAGGUCUUCCUCUCAGAGAGUCCAGAAUGGAUCUAACCAGCCUUCUGAAGAGCAGAACAAACAUGCAAGAGACACCAAAGUUGCAAAUGAAACAAGGUAUUCUUCAGUAUCAAGAAAACAAAAGAGGCCUCUGAAAAGACUCCCAUCUAGAGAAAAGAAACCGCAUAGAAUGCAAAGAAAUUUUUCUUGUGACGAAGGGUUGUCAGUGUUGAGUUUUGAUAAGAAUGAGAUCUCUUCAUCUUCUGAGGAUGAAAACAAUGAAUCUGAGAAUGAGGAAAAGUGUUCGAGAAGGAAAAACAGAAGGGCAAAAGCCAAAUCAAGUCGAGACUGGUUGGAUAGAACUAGAAAUGUCCUUGUAGAGUCACCGGACACCCAUUUUAACACAUCAGGGGAUAUUCCUCUUAGAGUACUCACAGAAGUAUCGGUCAAAAAAAGAAAGAGAGAUAAUGAGAGUCUUCUUGAGAAAACUUGCACCAGAAAAAGAGAUCAGACAAUGGUAGUGGGCAAAUCCUACCAAGAAGCAUUAGAUACAUUGGAGGAAGAAGAGGGUCAAGUUGCCGAUAUCUUGGGCACCACAUUAAAGAAGUCAGAUAGAAACUGCACCACAGCUAUGGAUAAUGUGUCUGUAGUAGAUCAAUCAUGCAAGCGUAAAAGGGGUCUUAACUUGUACAAGGGCACGGAUGCUCCUCUCAUAAACUUACCAAGUUUAGACAAUUCUCUUGUUGAUCCAUCUAGUAAUGUAACUCAGCAAUUAAACUUCAAAGAUUCCUUUCUGAGUCCAUGUGUUGGCUCAGACAAGGAAUUCAGAAAUGGAAAGAAAUUAGAUUUGUAUACAUCUUUCACUCCUCUGAGUAGAUUCAACAGAAGUCAGAAAGGGGGAGAAAUGCAUGAAAAGAAAAAAAGAGUAGAUUUUCCUGUCAAAGACAGGCAUUUCAUUGAAAGGGAAGAGAUUGCCGAGGACAUUAAACUACAGGAGAUGUCAAAAGCUGAUUCCAGUGGUACAAAAUCAGGUUCACAGAGACUCAGCUUUGGAAAAAGUCUGUGGGAAACCUUGGAUACUUACUUUAUUUCACCAGUCAAGAUGAUUUUUGAAGGAAAUUAAGACAGGAAAUGACAAGUUGACUGUAAUAUCUUUCUUGAUCUCAUGAAUACACAUAAGUGGCUGUUUAGGCUUUAAGUUUAUGACUGUAGGUUCUAAAUCAAAGUCACUCAGAUGACCAACACGUAUUUCUAUCAAAGCCUCUAUCUUGUGUAUGUUAAAGUUUAACUCCUUAAAAACUAUGUGUUCAAUAGUUAAACAAAAUUGUUAAUUAGUAUCUUUUGUGGAGGGAGGCUAGAUAGUGAGAUUUAAUGGCCUUUGACCUUUUUGGACUAGGAGAAUGGGGUGGCAAAUUCUAAUAAUAUUGAAAUAUAAGGGUAUCUUACUUUUACAACAUCUUUAGCAAUUCUGAGCAUAGAGAUCUGUCCCAUUCACUACUCAUCAACCAAGUGUAUGUUGUGACUUGUCUUUAUUGAGUGCAAAUUGUUUUAAUUUUUUUUUUUACCAUGUGAAAAUUGUUGGGUUGUUUUUUUUGGGGGGGGGGGGGGGGGUCAUUGGAAAUAUCUUUAAAAAUUGUCAUCCCAGGGGUGGGUGUUAGGAUACUUCACAGAGUGCAAAAUCAAAGUAGAAAGGUGUUCAUGUGAUAUAUUAUUUGAAAAGUAUUAAAUUGUAGAAUCUAAAAAUUGGGAACGGGGGUGGGUCAUGGUUACAACAACAAAUGUUGCAAAACAAAGAAUUGUUGGAAGGUGGUCCUACGAUGCAUCAUUGAGUAGGUUUUGUGUGAUGGGGUUGAAAUUGAUGAUAGUCACUUCAGGGAUGUAGGACAUAAAUUGAUAUUCAAUAAAAGUCUGAGGAAUGUGACAGAAUACAACAAUCAUUCAUUUUCUGUCAUGAAAAACAAUAUUGGCUUUUAGUUAUAGUCAAGUGGCUGUUAAAGUCGAUGGACAUUUUAAAAUAGAAAUGCUUCAAGUUUGUUUAUGCACGACAUGUAUUCUGUUAUCAGAAUGAUUUUAAAUAUUGGUUACACUAUACAUUUGUGUAUUUAUUGAUAAAUUUAAAACUUUUUACUGUGACUUUUAAGUUUUAUAUAGCGAAUUAGUGAUAGUUGACGACUAGUGAAUUUUUAUUUUCAAUAAAUAGUAUUGGAAAAUUG